AAGCCAUAUUGGCCCGGACACUAAUGGCGGUUGAAAUUGCAGGACAGGUGCUUCAUUCUUUCCAGGUUAUAUUUUCGCCGGGUAGGGUGCUUCUAUGUAAAGCACAGGUCACGCGUAACUUUGUACCAAAUUGUGUUUUCAAAGAGGGAUACUGUUGAGUUUGCAGUGUGCAUGCAUAUAUACGGAAGUGAAAAUUCAUGUUGGAUGUUGACAGUUGAAGUUGAAACCCCGAUGUCAGAAAGAUAUUGGACUGUUAAAGUUUAUAAAUCCGUUAUUAGUUGUGACAACUGAUAAUAUCAUUCGAGUUCGAUCGUUUGGGAAAGUAAAUGUUGAUAUUUAUUUAAUAUGCAUCAGUUGAACAUUGGAUAAUGUCGCGAUGCGAAUAGGACAAAAUGACAACUUGGACUUUCAAAGGAGCGGGGAUAAGUUGAUUGAAUCCUGAAUACACAACCAGGACAUCCGGUCAACAUCUCUCGUGCACUGAUAGGUCAGAGAGAUGGCAUCGUUUGACCCAGAGUACAGAAUUCGGCUCCAGAAGGUGGAGGAAAAGCUGGUUGACGCAAGUUCUGAAUUAAAUGUGAACGGGCUAUUGGAUGGGUUGUCUUCACUCAUCGCAGACUUGGACUAUCCCGCCAUCCGGAGAAACAAGAGUGUUGACCAGUUCGUGGGCAAAUAUGGGAAAGCAGUGGAAUUCGUCAACAGCUGUCGUAUGCGACACUAUGACUUUGAGGUUGUCAAAGUCAUUGGAAGGGGUGCGUUUGGGGAAGUUCAACUGGUGAGGCACAAAUCAACACGGAAGGUGUAUGCCAUGAAGCUGCUAAGUAAAUACGAAAUGAUAAAACGAUCAGAAUCGGCGUUCUACUGGGAAGAGAGAGAAAUCAUGGCAAAUGCAAACAGUUUAUGGAUUGUUCAGCUGCACUUUGCAUUUCAAGACACGAAGUUCCUGUACAUGGUGAUGGACUACAUGCCUGGCGGAGAUCUAGUCAACCUCAUGAGUAACUACGAUGUUCCAGAGAAGUGGGCCAAGUUCUACUGUGCGGAAGUGGUCCUUGCUCUCAAUGCAAUUCAUUCUAUGGGAUUUGUACACAGGGAUGUGAAACCCGACAACAUGUUAUUGGACUCGUGUGGACAUUUGAAGCUAGCUGACUUUGGGACUUGUAUGAGGAUGGACAAGGAUGGGAUGGUUCGAUCAGACACGGCAGUAGGCACACCUGAUUACAUCUCCCCAGAGGUACUCCAGUCUCAGGGCCGACCUGGUUACUACGGUCGCGAGUGUGAUUGGUGGUCAGUUGGUGUCUUCCUUUAUGAAAUGUUGGUCGGUGACACACCCUUUUAUGCAGACUCUUUAGUAGGAACUUAUGGGAAAAUUAUGGAUCACAGGAACUGUCUCAACUUUCCCUCAGAAGUGGAGAUGUCUAACGAGGCCAAGAGUCUUAUAUGCGCCUUCCUUACUGACAGGAAUGAACGGUUAGGGAGGAAUGGUAUAGAGGAGAUACAAUCACACAAGUUUUUCGCCAAUGACCAGUGGUCUUGGGACAACAUCAGAGAAUAUGUACCGCCCGUAGUGCCAGAGUUGGUCAGUGACGUUGACACCAGUAACUUUGAGGACAUAGAAAAAGAUGAUUCACCAGAUGAGACGUUUGCGAUUCCGAAGGCUUUUUCUGGGAACCACCUACCGUUUAUAGGUUUUACUUACAGUAGGAGUUAUCAAUUACUACAGGAGAGUAUUGGAGUACAAAAGCGGGGCGGGCAAUCCACUAUUGAUUCUGCUGUCCAGCGACAGACGCCAGGAGAUGGUGAAGAAAAACAGCUUCAAGAUCAGGUCCGAUCCCUCAAGUCAUCGAAAGAAGAGGUUGAAAAAAAGUUUACGAUGCUGAAGCAUGACUUGGAUAGAAUUUCGUCGGAGGAGUCAAGAUUGCGACGAGAAUGUAGUGAAUUUGAGAAGAGAAUGGCUCUACUGAAGCAUGAUCAGAAGGAGAGUCAGAGAAAGGCAGACAUUGAGGCCGAGAAUAGGAGGAAGUUAGAGGUGCUACUUAAGGAAAAGGAUCAACAACUGGCUGACGAGUCCAUUUUACGCCGGAGAGAACAAAACAGCAAAAACUCCACUAGUGAUCGCCUCUCGUCAUUAGAAAAAACGAUUACAGACCUGAAUGAGAGAUUAAAAUUAGAAUCUGAUAAUGCAGCUAAGUUCAAGAAAAAUUGCUCAGAACUACAACAGCGAUAUUCAAUCCUGGAGACUAACUACUCAGACCUCAACACAAAGCACGCAGAAGUGGUCAGUAUUCGCCAGUCAUUACAGAAGGAACUGAUAGACCUCCAGGCCAUAUUGGAACAGGAGCGUAACUCACACAGCCAAAGCUCUGCUCACUCACAGGAACUCAACGAACGAUUAGCUAAACUUCAGGAUGAAAAAGAAAGAGGACUUGAAAAAGAACGGAAUCUCAGUGUGGAAUUACAACGCCUUAAUGAAUCUAUUGUCAGACUUGAAAAGGACAAGAAAUAUAUGGAGAUUGAACUGGAGGCUUACAGGAGGAAGCUGGAUACUGAAGUCGGCUCACACAAAGACACUGUCGCUAAAUUUAAUGCAGACAGAAGGACCUUGCUCAUAUCAUCUGAGGAGGCCAACCUUGAGGCAAUGAAAGAGAUACAGAAAAACUAUGACCAAGAGCACAUGACACGGAUGAUGUCAGAGUCACGACUGAUGGACUUAGAAAAGAAAAACUCCGAAAUUCUAGUUGAUAUUUCUCAGUUCAAGCAACAGGUGUCUUCAUUGCAAAGCUCACUGAGUUGUGAACAAGAAAAGUCAAGAAAUUUGUCCUUACAAGUUGAACAAGAGAUUCAGCGACGAAAUUUAAUGCAGGGUGAUUUCAAAGUUCAAGCUCAAGAUCUGACAAAGGCAAAGAGCCUAGAAAGACAUAUCCAAAAGGAACUUGAUGAUGCCAAAGAGGAAAAGUACUAUUUGGAGGAUGAGUUACGGAGGCUGAAAGAAGAUAUGUCUGUCACAGACCUACAAAUGAAGGAACUCCAGGACCAGCUGGAGGCAGAGCAGUAUUUCUCUUCACUGUACAGGACGCAGGUGAAGGAGCUUAAGGAGGAUGUGGAGGAUAAGAGUAAGCAGCACCAGGAUGCUGUCAUGGAUCUGAAGAGCGUGGAAAAGGAAAAGGAAUCCAUCGCUGUUCAGUUGGAAUUGGCUUUGUCCAAAGCAGAUUCGGAACAACUUGCCAGAUCUAUUGCAGAGGAACAGCUGUCUGAUUUAGAGAAGGAAAAAACAGUUUUAGAAUUAGAAAUAAAAGAGUUAAUGGGUCGACACAAGAGUGAUGCUGGCAAAAAGGAAUACCAGUAUCAGGUGUUGGAAGAGUCAAAGCGAGACCUAUUGAAACGAAACCAGGAGAUGCAAGCAGAAUAUGAUGAAAUAAGUAAGCAAAUGAAGAAAAAGACUGAAGAGCUACGCAAUUUGCAAUCCCAUAAUGCAGAGGAUGCUGGUAAUGAAUUAGAAAAAUUACGAAAGAAUUUUCAAGAGGAAAGAAUAAAAAAGAUUCAGGCUGUGAAUAAAUUAGCCGAGAUUAUGAAUAGGAAGGAGUUCAAGCCUCAGGGUAAGAACAAGAAGAACAUGCCCGACGCAGACAUGAAGAAAAAGGAACGGGAACUACGCAAAGCACAACAAGAACUUCAGAUGGAAAGAGAGAAGUACAACAAGAUGAUAGAGAAGUACUCGCGGGACUUAAGUGAGACUCAGGCUGCGUUAUAUGAGGAAGGUCAGCAACGGUCGAAGCUACAGAUGGAACUGGAUGCCAAGGACAGUGAGAUUGAGUUAUUGAGACAGAAGCUAACGUUCUUAAAUGUAGACUCUGCUUCAGUGCAUAGUGGUAAUGGUGAAAAUGACGGGGACAUUAGUAUCACAAGUAUCUCUCCAGUUAACUCGGACACACUCAUGGAGGGUUGGCUAGCCGUACCCAACAAGUCCAAUAUCAAAAAGUAUGGCUGGAAGAAGCAGUAUGUGGUCGUCAGUAGUCGCAAGGUGUUGUUCUACAACUCAGAGAAUGACAAACAGAACGCAGACCCGGUAUUGGUGCUAGAUAUUGAAAAAUUAUUCCAUGUACGACCUGUGAGCCAGGGUGACGUAUACAGAGCCGAUGUCAAAGAUAUCCCCCGGAUAUUCCAGGUUCUGUAUGCCACCGAAGGAGAAAAUAGACGUCCUGAUGAAAUAAGUCAUGAACUGAACCAGGACAAAACGUCAAUGGUUCAACACAAAGGACAUGAAUUCAUACCUUUACAUUUCCGUACCCCAACCAAUUGUGAUGCGUGUAACAAGGCAGUAUGGCAUGUACUUCAUCCGCCGCAGGCCCUGGAGUGUAAACGGUGUCAUAUCAAAGUACACAAAGACCACUUCGACAAAAAUGAGGAGUUUGUAGGGUAUUGUAAAGUGAACUACGACCAGAACAUUCAGGCUAAGGAGCUGUUGUUACUUGCUGAGACGAUUGAUAAACAGAAACAUUGGGUUACACAUCUGAGUAAAAAGAUUACGAAGAAGGGAAUAGUCAGUUCUGGAAAUCUUGGUACAUCUCGUGGCACAAGACAGUACUCCUCGUUUGGCAUGCAACGCCAGGUCGGCAAUCAGAGGUCAGCAUCAACACUUCCUCCAAACACUCGGCCAGUGUGAGGCAACACCAGUCAGAUCAUCAUUCAAGUCAUCACUUCAUCAUCAUUGUUACUGGAAUUAGAGCCCAAAGCUUACUUGGAUUAGGAUUACUUUCUCAAUCAUUCAUCAUCAGUUGAGAUAUUGGAUUGUGGACUCAGCCAAUCGAAUAGUUCCUAGCUCAUACAACUCUUUUAACCUUAAAUAUAUUUAGUUACUGUAAGAUACAGAUACAAAAUUCCAGGUAAAAAAAGCAGUAUAAAAAUAUACAGCUAUUAUCAGUUGUUAUAUCCUUGAACAUGCAAUACAAAAAUAUUCAAGAUGGUUAUAGACAUUUUUCAUUGCCAAUGUACAGAAAAGAAAACACCAACAAAAAGGACCUAUUUUUACUGUUGAUAUUUUCUCCUCAUUAGAUAAAUAUGUAAGAAAACCUGGAUUGGUUUAAAAUACCGGUGUGGUUUGGGUGAACCAAUAGCAAAAUACUGCCCUGACCAUGGUCAUUGGAGAGAAGACAUGGGAGUUAAACUCCAGCAAAACAUACAUUCUGGCGAAAUAGGUUCAUGGCACCUCUGGUUGAAAAUCUUGUGAGUACAAGACAGGUUUUGCAAUGGAUUGUACAUGUUGUAAAUAUAAACUGUAAAUACCAGCUAUUUUUUUUUCUCCUCAUAAUACCCACCACAUGUUCCAUCUGAUGAUGCUGUAAAUGUCUUUAUUUUUGUGUGGAUCCACUUUUUGCAAAACUAGCAGUAACAUUUUAUUUCUCCAAAAGAAAUCCUGUAAAAAUUAACAGAAUUUUUUUUCACGUUUUUGAAAUCCACCAAAAUUUGACUCUGUUUUUGUCCAUUUUAGCACAGCCAUGAAAUUACAGACCUGCAAAAAUACAGACGUUUACAGUAGAUUGUUUCCCAUAAAGCCAGUGUAAAUGUAUAUAUGUACUAACCAGUCGGUACAUGGUCUGAGAAAUACGUAAGAAUGAAUGCAGCAAAUAUGAGAUAUGAACAAAUUUGAUGUAAAUAUUGUUUUCUGUUUUAUUGUGUCUGUCCUUGUUACAUAGGUGUUGUAUAUGCUGUAUAAAGUUUUCACUUGAUCUACUUAUUGUCGGGAGGACCUGGUUACAGUGCUAAUGUGGAACAUAGUCUUCACAACAGUUUUGGUAAAAAGCAAAUUAUAUUGAUCCAUUUUCGGAUUGUCUCAUAGCUAUCCGGGAAGUGAAUUAUGGAUUAUUUAAGUCUAGAAUAGUAAGUUUACACAUGUUAUCAUGGUUUUUAUAUUCCAAAUCAUUACAGUACUUAAUAUAUUAGAAAUGUGGUCACAAGCUGUACAUUUCUGCCAUUUCACCAGUACAUUGUGCAUAUAAUUUGUGACAUGCGAUUAUCUUAUAUACGAUCAUUCUAAAAUCCUUUUGACUAAAAACAGUAAAUUAAAUGGUCAUAAAGCCAGCAACUGAGACAGAAUUGUAUUUGAAUAACUUGAUUAAGAAUGAAAUUGAUUUGAUACUCAGAAUUAUGAUGGUGAAUUAAAACAAUGUUUGGCAGUAUUAGAUUAAAGAACAUAAAAAUACGAAUACAAAAUUAUUCAACAUAUUAUGGAAUUUGUGUAGGUAAGAUUAUUAAAAUUCCUGAAAGUGAACUAACAAAUUUAUUAAAGAUUUGUCCCAUCUAAGAGAACUGCUGGCCGUCGAGACACAGGGUUCUCUCUACAAUUCACCACACUUUUGAGCACAGUUGAAUCUCCCCAAUUGUUGGAACGUAAAAAAAAGUGCAAUAUUUUUAGACAUUUUUCCAGUCUACAGUGAAGCUGUUGCUGCUGACAAUGAUAACAUUGUUGUAUCAUACAACAUUAAUGUGUUGUAGACAUCCGUUUUUUCAAACAGGUUCAAAUUUAAUUUUCACUGAUCAAAUUUUCUUUUGUUAUCCUGAAAAAAGCUUGUUUCUUUCUUGUAAGAAGAGAAAAUCAUACUUUUUAGAAAAUAAUCUUUCGGUAGUUUUUUUGGGUGGGGAAGGGAUACUUAAAUAAAAAUGUUUCAUUAACUAGAACUACUGGCAAAGCCUGUCAAACAUACAAACGCACAAAGAGAUCCUUUUCUUGUACUGUUUGCUUCUAUGUACUGUAAGGUCUUUAUGUGUGAUCUUCUAGUGUUAAUGUAUUACUGUGUUAAAAGUGAAAUGUCAAGUGUAUGAUAUAUCCCAGUAGAUACACGCUCACGUAUAAAUAUACUCAUGAAACGCACUUCCCUGUUAAGUUUGAAAUAAAAUUCAAAGAGUGUUUUGUAAUUAUUAGAUUAAUUAAUUAUUAAUGCAUUCCAUACUAUCGUUUGUAAUGACUUGUUUUUUAACCCUCCCAUUGGAGUAGUGUAGAUCAUCAGACUUUAUAACUUACUAUUAUUAAAGUGCUAACAAGUAAAGCAGAGAAAUUAUUUAUAUUUUCGUUACUGUCGAUGGUGUUGUAAACUUCCUCUAUGUAAUCUUGCUUUAGACUUUGUUGAACUUUAGAUUUGAGUUAAGUAUUAUGCUGCAGCUUUUCUUGUGGAUGUAUUUUCUCCAUAUCUUGACCGGCUUUUCCCCCCCAACCUGUAUGGUAAUAUAAAAAAAAACAUAUUAGAAUCUGAUAGCCAAUAGAGUUAAUUAUGCGACAUUUUGCAGAGUUUGGAGAAUUACUGUAAAUCUCUCUAUUUCCAUAAUGAAGAUUUAUUUGAGAUAAAAAUUCGAAAUUGUGCAGUAACGAAGUUAUUUUUUGGGUUUUGAAUUCACAUAAAUAAAAGUGAUAGAUGUAUUUUUACCUGGCUGUUAUUUUAUCAUAAUCAACCUUAAAAAAUGUAUGUACUGAAUACUGGUACGGAGUUAAAGAUUUACUCUACCUAAAUCAUGUACUGAAUACUGGUACGGAGUUAGAUUUACUCGACCUAAAUCAUGUACUGAAUACUGGUACGGAGUUGAAGAUUUACUCGACCUAAAUCAUGACUUGUACCUGCUAUCAAAAAGAGUUCUUUGUGGUUAAUCUGUCAAAAUAAAGUAAUGGGACUCGCUCAAAUUAAUAUGGUUUGAUAACAGUGAGGCCUAUGAAUCAACUGAUUCUUUAUCGUGGAAAAAAAAUGUAGAUUUAUGCUAAUAAUUUAUGCUAAUUCAAGAAAUAUAGCCCUUGCACAAAUCAAACCAGUAAUGUGCAGUCAAGUAUAUCCUUCAGGUUUCAGACCUCUAUAUCACCAACAUGUUGAGUCUGUCUUAACCGGAGAUCAAAUUUUAAUUUCCUUCAUGGCAUUACAUGGAGGCUUGCAGUCAAACUUGGUUUCAGACAGACUCAAAGGGUUGUGAUGUUAAGGCCCAAAUCUCAUCUCUGAGUACUGGUUUAUACUGUAACUAUACUGAUACAGGAGUAGUCCUGGUUGAUACUGUAACUAUACUGCUUAUAUGCAGUUAUGCUGAUUUGAUAUCACAGUGGUUUGGAGGCUAGACUGGCUUCACUAAUGUGUUCACAGGGACUUGUUUUGUUAUAUUGUUGAUAUAUCAUGGUGCUGCCACUGUAUGCGUAACUGUUGAUAUUACGUGUUAUAUUUUGUUAAAGACACAAUAGUUCAAUUAUUUCAGUCAUAUUUGAACUUUGCGGAACAGAAAAUUUGACAAGUCUGCGUGAAUAGCCCUUUUUCAUGCGGUAAAGUUCCGAUUGAGUGUUACCAUGAUAAUGGAUAUUCAACCGGACUUAUUGCUGAGACUUGCAGCAUUCUACGCUGAUUUGGGGUACUGGGAGUGUGUACAUGUGUAUAAAUGUUUGUUUUUAUUUUGCAUGAAUGGGAGUUAGUAUGAAAGGAUUUCCCCAAUAUAGGCAUUUUCCAAAUACAGGUUGCUAUAUUGAGUUAUACCCCGAUUGAGUUCCUUUACUACUUAUGUAAUUGCUUCUAUUCUAUGCUUAGCAUCUUUAGGAUUUGUAUCAUGUGUAUAUAUUUUAUACCAAGCUAAAACCAUUAGUUAAAAAGUCUUCUAUGAUAGACCUUUGAAAGUCAAUGUAUCUUUUUGUUGUUACUGUAUUAGCAAACAUUUCAGAUCUCUUUGUCAACUGAUCAGAAGUUGAUCCUUAUUUGAUUUUUUUUUCUUGCUGAAUAUUUUCAGUCUGCAUGGUUGUGAGUUUUCUGAUGUUCAUGUUCACGAUAUUGCUGUUUUUUAAUGUAGAAUUAAUGGCUAUACAUGGUCAUGUAUUUAAAACUCAGAAACCUGGCCAGUAAUUUCCUUUUUUCAAAUGGCCGUCGUUAGAGUAAACCUCUUUAAUAUUUUUUGAAAAAUUCUCAAAUAUCAUGUUUGAUCAAACUUUUUAUUAUGUAAUUUAGCCAGAUUCAAUUUCUCAAUUAUGAAAUGCUGGUAUUUGAAUUAGUUUUAAUCACACAAUAUGUGAAGAACUAUAUUGAUGAUUUGUCUUCAAAAUGCCAGGAUUCUGGACAUGAACAUACCAAUUGUCAAUGACCAGUUGUUUCCUCAUACUGAAAACCGAUCAUUCUGAUUUCCAAAAUGAGCAUCCUGUUUCGGACGAUCUUGACCGCACAUCCUUGCCCCUGUAAUAUUUCUGUAUGACACUUCGAUUCAGGUUACAUCUCCAAGAAAUCCACUGCUACUAUUUCACUGCCAAGCUUUGAUGUUUAGAGAUAGAAUAGAUUAUUGCAGUGUCUUGUCAUUUCUAGUUAGACAAUAAUUAGAACAAUGAACUAGAUUCGAGUAUGUUCACCUGUUUUGUUUAAUUCAAAGAAUCUGUUAUGAAAUUCCUUAGUAUUUUGUUAUCACCGAUUAGUCUCAAGGUAAAGGUACUGGAUUUCACCAUGUCUUUUAUUAAGGAUAAUUAUUUGAAAUGGGAGAUGGUAGAUUGACAAUUAUUAACCUCAAAUGUAUGAUAUAUUAAUUUGUAAAUAAUCAUUUACUCUAUCAAUAAACAAAAACUUACAGACACCAUGUUGACCUUGAAUGGGGAAAAUAGAACCGGGGUUCAGAGGUCACCUCACAAAGUGCAUGUCUCAUCGUCAGUUACACUACCUGCAGUUAAAACUACCUUGGUGAUUUGUACAUAUAUAAGUUAUUUACAAGUACUAGUUACACAAGCAUACCAAUGCUUCCUCUUAUGUGUUAUCAAUACAGCUGUUAAUCUGAUUACUCUGUGUAUACAUACCAUGUAUCAGUUCUGUUCUUUCCUGAACAACAACAACAAUUAUGUGAUAUAAAACUCAAUUAAAACCAAUUUAACAAUACAUGUCAUACUGUGCUAUUAACAUGUAUGGUUGCUGAAGCAAAAAGUGCCUAAAUUUAGUGCACCAUUUAUAUUAAAAUAUUAAUGAUAUA